UUAGUGUUUGUGAGUAUUCGUGAAUUCCCAGCUGUAACAGUCCGGUCUUACAUCACGACCAGUCUUAACACACCCACCACACCCCUAAAACAUCACACACCCAUGGCGUGGUCCACUCCAGCCCACAUCCACAAAGAACCCAGAUGUGAGGCGCGUGGGAUGUAAGAGAGUAUAAAAGUCGCUGUCAGUGCCACAGAAGGUUAAGUGCGACAUCCUCCGCUUUCUCACGCCACCGACUGGACACUCGCCUGCCUGCUUCAUCACAAUGGCUCUGACAGUUCCCUACUCUUAUGAACUUCCAUUUCCACUGGAUGUGGAUAUGAAAAUUGGAGUGAAUGCAGCCUUCAAAGAAGAUGGCCACAGAUUUACGCUGAUGCUGCUGUGUGACGAGAACUACGAAAUGGCAGACGCGCUGUUGAUUGUAGAGACCGAGAGCUCGUCAACGUUGAAAUUCUCUUACCGCAGAGACGGGGUCACAGGUGAUGUUGAAACCAUUCCAGUGGAUGAUUGGCAAACCCACAAAGCAUUGCAGCUGUACAUCAGAAUGGAGAGGGAUUAUUUCAUGAUUACUCUCAAUGGAAAGUUCACAAAGACCUACCCUUACAACUUUUCCAUGAAGAAGGUGAAGGACAUCUGGAUCGACGGAGACAUUACUCUUUACAACUUCACCCCGCCACAACAAUAAUAAUGUUAUCCAAGAAUAAAAUUCAAACCCUUUGCAGACCAGUAAAAUGAACUCUUGCGUAUUUGCUUUGUAAUAUUCACAUUUCUUUUACUGAUGUAAGCUACACUGCCUAAGAUAUUGUAUCAAAUAUUCAAAUACCUCUUAUGUUAUUGGCUGUUUUGCUAUCAGUUUCUGAGAAAAGCAGAGAUAUUAGUUGAACUAUUGAAAAAAUGAGUUAAAUUCCUAGUUAUUUUUGGAGCAUAUCUGACGCAUAGUUAUUUCAAUUUACAAAACUGCAACAGACAUCAGUAACAGUGAAACGAUGGACAAUCACACAGACCAGAAGAGUGAUCAACAAAGCACGACUGCCUAAUGAUUUUUUUGAAAAUAACAUCACAAUGAACUAUUAUUGUAUCAUUAUGUCCAAUAGUAUAAAAAUAUAUUGUUAUUGAUAAGGAUAUUAUGAGCAUUACCCAUAAUGUGUUAGGUAUAAACAAUAUCAAAAAGUAAUAGUUUUACUUGCUUGUUUAAUUGUCUUUCUUUUCUUGCAUUCCCCUUACUGCAAAUAAAAUGUACCGAAAACUGA